UCCCCUAACCUCACUUUCUCGUGCAUCCCAGAAACUUCUCGAAUUUGCACACCACAAUCUUUGUCUAGCUUGCUGUUUUCACAGAGAUUCACGUGAAAUCCCUCCUGCACACAUCGCAGAAUCCACUAGAAGUUCUGAGAGAUUGCCCGUGCGUGCACCAAGUGUGAAAAUUCGAAUAAUUUCCCCGUGAAUUACGUAAAAAUUGCUUUCCGGUUUGCGUGUUUGUGAGAGAGGAUGGCAAAGUGGGGCGAAGGAGAUCCGCGCUGGAUUGUCGAGGAGCGUCCGGAUGCGACAAAUGUGAACAAUUGGCAUUGGACAGAGAAGAAUGCCACACCGUGGUCAAAGGAUAAGCUCCGUGCGCUCCUUGGGGGCUUUGAAAUCAAUGACGAUGGGAGUGGGAUCAGGGUGUCCGUGACGGAGAUUGAGAAGCUCGAGGGGGAAUCUUCGGCAAACAAUCGCAAAGGGAAGCUCAUCUUCUUCUACGAAUGGAACAUCGUGGCAAAGUGGAAGGGGCAGCUUCCGGGUCAGGAAACCCCAUCCACGGGAACAAUAACUAUUCCCAAUCUCUCGGAGGAGAAUGAUCUCGAUGACAUCGAUGUGAGUGUUACGGUGGAGGAGAAUGACGCCCAGGCAGAGCAGCUGAAGCAGUUCAUGUAUUCGGUGGGGCGGGAAAAGAUCCGAGAACUCCUUGGGGUGUACAUCCGGGAACUGCGGGAGGAGUUCUCCAAGGGGAUGAUCUUGCCGAAGAAAGAUUCAGACGCAAAGGAGGAUGUUGCAUCGAAGAACAUCAAGAGUGGCUUCAACAGGAAGAUUACCAUUGAUCCCGUUGUCAAUUGCCAAACUUCCGGACGGGACGUUUCUGCAGGGCACAAGGUGGACGUUGUCACCAUAACCUCCUCUGAGAACUUCCAAUGCGAAGCCCAUGCCCUUUACGAGGCGCUCACGCGUGUUGAGAUGGUCACGGCAUUCACGAGGGCCUACGUGAAGAUUCAACCGGAAAAGGGAGGCGAUUUUGCCUUUUUCGGUGGCAACGUUAGUGGAAAAUUCCAAGAAUUGGUGCCGAAUAAGCGCAUUAAGCAGACAUGGAGGCUGAAACAGUGGCCCGAAGGACACUUUUCCGUUGUCGUGAUGGAGAUUGAGGAGAAGGAGGAUCACACUGUACUCACAUUGACACAAACAGGCGUCCCAGCGGCCGAAGAGGAGGCCACCCGGAACAACUGGAAGCGCUAUUACUGGGAUAGUAUUAAGCAGACCUUUGGCUUUGGGAGCUUUUUAGGUUAAGUUUUAUUUUACUUGUAAGCAAAAAAGAAUUGUUUUAUUUAAAAAAAAAUCCAUCCCAUAUCCCCCAUUAAUUAAUUGAAUAAUUAAAUGAAAUAUAAUUGCAAAUUCAUUUCAAUGAAAAUUUCACAAGAUUUUACUUUUUAAAAGCCAAAAGGGAGUUUGCAAAAGAUGCUACAACAACCACUGAAAGAAAAAUCAUUUUAUUAUUAAUUUUGAAGAUAGUUUUAAACAAUUUUUGCAUUCAUAUUGCUUGCAUUAUUUUACAAAACGAAUAAAACUUCCCUUGUUUGCAGAAAAACAAUCAAUUGUUCGUUCAGGCCACUUUACCAAGAAAUAAAAUAUAAUAAAAUUAA